AUGAUGCUUCCCGCGGCGCGAAGCUGUACUCCCCUCGUGCCCACGGCGAGAAGCCAGUUCUGGUGGCGGACAGUCGGCACGUCCUCGCUGCCUGGAAAACCGAGCCCAAUUGCCCAAGGCAGAUGCCCACAAAGAUUUCUCAGCUCGCGACGAACCCUCCCAACGAAUGGUUUCAGAACAGCGGCUUGGUCAACAAGGGACCAAGUCAAUCGGAGACGGAACCAGGCCCGUUUCUUCCGAAAGGCGAACUACAUCGAGCGAAUCGGCGACAAUGAGAAGGCCGAGAAGAUACUAGAAACGCUUGAAGUCAAGGAGGAUGAGAAAGAUGCACCGCCCCAGCGGCAGGUACUGGAUGAGGAAGGGAAUAUGAAGUCGCCGCCCAAAACGCAGACAGAGAAGUGGUCGGAGCAUAUGACCAAGGGAAAAAUGCUCACUACACCAUCACGAUUAUUCAAGCUAAUAAUACCGCUGACCACAAUUGGCAAUGGAGGCCGCGACAAAGGUAUUGAGCCUAUCGCAAUUUUGGUUCAUCCUCAACAACCGCUGUCGUACCUAGAACGACUGAUCCAGUCGGAGCUUCCACCAAUCGAGGGCAAAAUGGAAAGGCGUCCCCCCAUCGUUUCAUUCAUCGCUCUCCAGCACGAAGACAACGCAAUAAAGCCACGAAAGAAGAUCGAGGAUGACGUCGACAUGGAUGAAGUCCACAACAAUACCAACCCAAACCAGACCGGAAAGCCGGUGGAGCGGCGUCGGCGAUCCAGAGAGGAGGACGUAGAAGUAUACAGCUAUCCUCGCAAGACCGACUCCAGUCUUGACCCGCUGGAAGGGGAACCUGAGAGGUUCGUUCGAUGGUCCCAAGCAACCGAGGUUGGGGAUUUCAUCCGUGAUGCAGCUCGCGCGCGAGAGUUUAUCGUCACUAUUGAAGGCGCCCCGGUAGGACUCGGCCAAAUCCGAGUCGCCGUGCCGUCGUUCAACGAGCGCACAUACUUUUUGCGCAUGCGACUGCGAAAGUUGUCGCGGCGUAUCCAGAGCAUCGCCGAGAUUAAGCAUGAAUGUGACGAGCUGGCGCAUCGGGGCGCGCAGCGUGUCGCAAUCGGUGGUUUUGGCAUCCUGUCUGUCUGGUGGUACAUGGUCUACAAGCUGACCUUUGAGACCGACCUCGGCUGGGAUACGAUGGAGCCGGUGACGUACCUGGUCAGCUUGUCCACUCUAAUGGGUGGUUAUCUGUGGUUCUUAUACCACAAUCGAGAGAUUUCAUACAAGUCUGCACUAGACUUCACUGUUAGCGCGCGUCAGAAGAAACUCUAUCAACAACAUAAGAUUGAUCUGCAGCUGUGGGAGACUCUGAUUGACGAAGGAAAGACUUUGCGUCGGGAGAUCAAAUCUAUCGCCGCCGAGUACGAUGCAGAAUGGGACGAACGUGCAGACGAACAAGAUGAGCGAGUUACAGAAGCCUUGCGGUCUGACCGGGGGGAGAAGAGGAAGAAAAGCAAUGGGGAUAAAGAUAGCGAAGAGGACGAUUAA